CGCUGCGGCUACGGCUGCGGCUGCUCUGCUGGGCUCUCUGAUCACUCAGUUCCGUGCUCAGUCUGCGCUCUCUGAUCGUGGUGCCAUGCUGCGACUGCAAACCACGGCUGUCCAUCCGUGAUCCACCAACUCUUACCCCCUCCCCGAUACCCGCACCCACCCAACUCCACCCCCCCCCCCUCGCAUUCCAACCUAAACCUCGGCAACCAGCAGCCACAAUGUCCAGGAGGAAACAGAGUAACCCCCGGCAGAUUAAACGUUCCGUUGAUGAAAUGGAGGAAGGCGAGGAGAAUCUAACUGAUGACAACAAUAUGUCUGAAAGGGAAGCAGCAGCUUCAGUCCACGAUGAAUCAGCAGACUGUGAUACAUCAAGUUCUUUUUAUAGUGAAGACCAAGGGUUGCAGGAUGUACCAAAGACUCCUGAAGAACAGGAAGUGAAGUGGUCAACAGCUAAGAGGAAGGAUUCUGAAAUGUGGCAUAUGCCAGAGUCUCUGGAGUUACAUCAACUGGACAGUGAAAUGCAAGUGCGUGCAUGUCAGAACCUGGCAAAAGGAUUAACCUGGGGUCCAUAUGAAGGUUCGAUAAACAGCAGUGACAAAAGUACCCUGGAAAGUGACAGUUCGUACCUUAAUACAGUUCUGCAGCUGAAGGACGAAUGGUGUUGGUUAAAACGACUGAAAGUAACCGUGAAUGAAGGAUCUGCUAAUUGCACAAUCUACUGCAAAGAUGAUCAAAUCUGGUGCAAAACCACAAAGCCCAUCACAGAAGGUGAAUGUUUGACAGCGAUUGUUCAUCCUUUGCAUCAGAGUAACAGUUAUCCCGUGUUAAAUCUAAGUGUUAAGACAGAGACAGUAGAACCUGCAGAGUGUUCAGAGCAAGCAACCACCUACCCUGCUUCGUUACAUUCUGACAUCCAGCUUCUUCCUCAACAAGCAGGCAUGGCUGCAAUAUUAGCCACAGCAGUUGUCAACAAGGACAUCUUUCCUUGUAAAUCCUGUGGGAUUUGGUAUCGAAGUGAAAGAAACCUACAAGCUCACCUGAUGUAUUACUGUGCAAGCCGGCAAAAAUCUACAUCCACUCCUACAGAGGAAAAGCUCAAGGAUCCUUCUCCACAUGAGCGCAUCUGUCCCUUCCCACAAUGCAACAAAAGCUGUCCCAGUGCCAGUUCCCUGGAAAUUCAUGUUCGUAGUCACAGUGGUGAAAGGCCAUUUGUGUGUCUAAUCUGUCUAUCAGCAUUUACAACAAAGGCAAACUGUGAGCGACACCUGAAAGUACACAUGGACACCCUGAAUGGCAUUUGUCAUGGCUGUGGAUUUGUCUCUACCACAAGGGAUAUCCUGUACAAUCAUCUACUUACGAAUCAUAUGACUUGUCAGCCAGGUUCAAAGGGUGACUCGUAUUCACCAAGAUCAGGUCUACCUCCCCUUUCCAUGACAGAUGUGAAAGUGGCAUAUUCUUCCCUGAGCCUCAGAUGUAACCUGUGUGAGUAUGUUGGGGAUUCUGAAUCAAACUUGCAACAACAUAUUUCAUUGCAUGUUGUGCAAGAUACAUUUCAGUGCAAUCAAUGCCACAAGAGGUUAAGAAAUGCUGUGGAGUUAGCCAAACACAUGGAAAUUCAUCAAGCUAAUGAAUCACAGAAUAAUAUGGAGGAAACAAAAGAUGAAGAUGAUGGGGCAUCUCCAGCUUUAAGUAGAGAAGUUCCUGAGGAGCUUAAUAUCGUAGUGGAAGUCAAAGAGGAACCUCUCAGCUUGCAGUGUGAAAGUGAAGGUGAUAGGACUAUGGAGGAGAGCCAGGAAAAUCCCACUCCUGACCGGUCCUCCAGUAUUUCCUCACCAAGAAGUACAUUGAUAGCAAAAGUGAAAUCUGAAUGUUCAAGUCCAACACAAACGUCAAGCCCAGUCCAUUGCGGGACAGGUUCAGUUAUGCCAGAAGGCACUGUCCUAAUACCCUAUAUGUUCAAUCAUGAAACGUCUACAUUUCCACAAGCUUCAGAAAUUUUAGCCAAAAUGUCUGAGCUGGUCCACAGCAGACUAAAGCAAGGGGUCAACAAUUAUCCACUUCUUUAUGCAGGAGCACCUAUUCAAAAAGGAGCAACAUGCUAUGAAUGUGAUAUUACAUUCAAUAAUAUCAAUAACUAUUUGGUGCACAAACGGCUUUACUGUUCUAGCAGGCAUCAGCAAGUAGACAACCCUGCUGCUGAUGAUACUGCAAAGGAUCCUGCAUCCACAAGUAGAACUGAACAACUAUCUCAUAGUCCAGUUUCUGGAGUGGAAAACCAACAGGCCUCUUCCUCACAAACUGAUUCUGACCGAGACCUAAAGAUAUCAAAUGUUGAGAGCAAACUACCAGAAAUAAAAACAGAGGACAGUGCCAUGAAGGAUACAUCAUCUGAAGGUGAAAGCCUAAGUAGAUUUAGUGAAGGCAGUCGAAGUCCAAGCAACUCUGUUGAAGAAUUUGAUGAUGACCCUUCAAAAACUAUUUGUGAAGCCUGCAAUAUAAGGUUUACACGACAUGAAACCUAUGUUGUUCACAAACGUUUAUAUUGUGCUUCAAGACAUGACCCCCCCCUUCGUAGGCCAAAUGGAGGAAAGGUGGCAUUCCUUCAGCAAACUGUGCGUACACGUAAACGUAGAAAGUUGUAUGAGAUUCACGGUCCUAGUCAUCAGCCUCUUCCUCCACCUUCGCCAAAUGAAGCAUCUGUCCAUAGUCCUUCAGCUGCCAGCCUUCAAAACACUGGGCUAUCUAACAAUGUAGAAACAUUGAAAGUUAAGCAAGAAGCUCUCUCACUUUCUUCAAGGUCAGUUGAUUCUGUUUCCCUGUCAACAGGGUAUAUGUUGACAGCUCAAUCCAGUGCAACAUCAUCACCAAGUUCAAGUUCAGAUGUUGAUGGACCAAUUGAUCUUAGCAGAAAGCCUCAUACUCAAGAAGAACAGUUGAUUCAUGUUUCCCCUUUGAAUCCAGCCUCUCAUCUUUCAACAGACUACCAUGAAUGUACCUCUUGCAAAAUUAGUUUUAACAAUGUGGAAAAUUAUCUUACUCACAAAAAGUAUUACUGCUCUGCAACUGCUCUUCAACACAGUAAGGUGGAGAAACUUGCCAGAGUAAAGAUGCAGGCUUCUGCUACAAUAAAAGCUAAAAAAAAUAGGAUGGAAAUUACAGACCCUCAGCCACAGAUACAAACAGAAGAAUUGAAAAAGAAAGAUAUAAGCACGAAAUGUAUUUUAGAAAGUCCAAAUGUAGUACAUGGCUGUAUUACUCCAAACAACUCUCCAGGAAUAUCUCACAAUAGUCCAGAUGUUUUGCAGGAUGGGACUCAGUCAUCCUCCCAUGUUAAGACUUUCUCAGCACCUCAGCGUGCUCAUUCAGUCAUUUGUCCCUAUUGCCCACUUAAUGGACCAAUUGAAGGAGACCUUAUUGAUCAUUUUAAGAACACACAUGAUUUCAAGCAACUUUCAACUGGUCGCACAACUGAAGGUUUCAUGCAGGAUAUUUCAUCACAAGGUAAACUCAUGACAAACAGUAUUUCUGAAAUCAGUCCUCAGAAUUUGAGAGUUCCUGCCCCAUCUCUAAAGUCAGGUGUGCAAACACUGAAGAAUAUCCCAAAUGCCAAAGAUCAAAGAGAAUCUGUCUCUUCCCAAUCUUCAGCUGAAAGUCCUUUGCAGAACAUCUCUCCUAAACCUUUAAUAACAUCCUCCCCUAACGUUGCUUUGAAAAUAUUAUCAGUGCCUGACAGCCCAAGGAACCCAGGCUUCAAAUUGAUCAGCCCAUCAAUUAAUGUUGACAAAUCUGUUCAGACAGCGAUGUCGCUUCCAAGCCCAGUGCAGAAUGGAAAUCACAGAUACUGUCGCUUGUGCAACAUCAAGUUCAGUAGUCUUUCAACUUUUAUAGCUCACAAGAAGUAUUACUGUUCUUCUCAUACUGCAGAACAUGUGAAAUAAGUUCUUGCAUCUGCAAGCUGUAUCAUGAAUGUUUGCUCUGAAUUUUAGCACAAAUUAACUAACACCUCAAUGUCUUUGUGCAUUUGCUGUACAGUUUAGAAACAAUCAUGAAAACAAAACAUUCGUUUCUGGUGUUGCAAAUGUUAACAACAUUCCAAUCAUAGUAAGUAGUUUGAAGUGGCCCAAGAUGGAGAGUCAUUUGUUGAAUAAAAAUCUCUCCCUUCUCCCUUAAAUUGGAAUAAUUUUAAAAUUCCUAUGCUUAGCUGGUAAAGUGCAUUAAAAGAUUAUACUUUUCUCAGUUGACGCACUGAAUAUGGAGGAUAUGUUUGUAAUUAGAUCUUCCACAUCUGUUUACAGGCCUAGUAUUUAAUCUGCUCCUUUUGAAGAAACUGUGUGAAAGAGGCAUUUUUACCAGCUGAAUAAUAUAAUAUUUUUAUAUUAAUCUCCCAAAUUAAAUUAAUUAUAUGCUGAUUUUCUUCAGAAACAUUUUCAGAAUAUUCCAUGUGCAACCUUUUGGUGAGUUUAUAACAAUACAACUGUUAUACUUUAAUCAUUUUAUGACAAUCUAGCACCUAAUCUUCCUUCCAUCUGGGGGAGUAGCCUGCAGAUUAUGAAAUGAGAAAGGAAAUGUUCAGCUUAGUUAAAAGCAUCCCACAAAUUUACAUAUUGAAGAAACCCAUGUUAAAUUCACUGUAAUGUAACAAGUGCUGGUUGAAUAUCUGAAGGAAUUUUAAUGAAAUAUAACUUCCAGUGUUCUCGGUGUUCAGGACAUCCCAUGACAUUAAAAAUAUUGUUCCAGCCAUGAAUUUGGAACCUUCUCUCACUAUUAGAUGUACUUACUUUCGAGGAGAGGCGUGACUUUGAUAGGCAUGUUGGCCAGAAUUUAGUGUGACAAAUUCAGUGUUUGUAAAUCUAGUCAAAAUUUUGGAUAUGAUUCCUAAGAAAUAUUGAAAGUCACACUUUCUCUCUCAAUUUUUAUCUCACAAGUACUGACAUUUGGAUACUACUGAAAUAUUGAAAAGCGAUCACUAGGGGGCAAAGUAGUUGAAAACUAGUUUGUGUAGAUUUAGUGAUACUCUUGCUAAUUAUUUAGUUAGUGCAUGAAUAAACCCAUCAUUCUUCCUUUCAGUACAUUCAGUUGUCAUAAUAUCUGUAAUUUUUAUUUAUUAGUGUUGUAUUUAUUAUCAGGGUUUACAUGCAAUGCCAGCGCUAACACACAAAUGUGCUGACAACAGCAUUUAUUUUAUUUUUGAGCUUUGUUUACCACAACAGGACUCAAACUGGUAAAUGCUAUGAAAAAGAAUUUACUUUGAAUUAUUUCAUUGUACAUGAUCUGUAGAUUCAAUGCACCCUGGGUUCAAUUGCCUUUCCUUUGCAUUUUAUUAUUUGUAGAUAAAGCUUAUUGCUAUGAUGCACAUUGUGUGCUUAAUGAAUGGAAUAGU